CUGAAACAAGAUCCAGGCUCCAAUAAAAUGGACUACAUCCAAGCAUUUGAGAAGCUUCAGACAGCUGCGGCUAGGACGAGAAGUCUCAUAGUACAGGGUUAAACAAGAGAAUUUUGUCUAAAAUCUAAGCCAGUUCUUACCUAGAACCAAGCUGAACAAGCCUCAAGGACAUGAACAACAUUACCGAGAUCUCUCGAAAGAGCUGCCCCGACAACUCAAUGCUUGAAGAAAAUCCAGUUUCAAGGCUUUGUCUCAGGCCUAACUGCGUAGAAGAAUUUGAAGAAACUAAGAAGGCUGCCUCAAAUGUUGUGGGGGUUCAUGUCAGCUUGGAACAAAGCCAGGUGAGCAACUGCAGUGAAGCUCCUCUCUCCAGCAAGGACACCUCAACAGGUCAAGGUUCCCUGCAGUGCCACUUUGUAAGUCUAAAGCAGCAGAUGGCCAGGCAGAAGGCAGAGUAUGAAGCUAAAAUUACAAGCCUGGAGCAGCGGAACAAAGAACUGCAGUCAGAGAUUAAGGAUCUGCAUUCAAAACUGGGUCAGCAACGGAAGUGGUAUCGUUUGGUAGAAAUUAAAAUGUGCAAUGCAGAGAGGGCUAGGGAAGAUGCAGAGAGAAGAAACACAACUCUUCAGAGGGAAAUGGAACAGUUUUUUGAUACUUUUGGAGAAUUAACAAAUGAACUAAAGGCACCAGAGCGAAAUGCUCAGAGUUUUUAGAAACAAACUGGCCUCCAUCUCAAUUGAGGAAAAUCUGUUUUAUGGUCGUUUCAAUCUAUGUGCAAAGGUGAAAAUUCUUUUUUUCACAAAGCAGUUACAGAACGCUUUUAAUUGCUUACACUUUAAAAUACGUUAAAUACUUAUAAAUAGUAUAUUGGAGAGCAGAACGUGCAAUUGCUUAAUUUGCAUUCUUAUUGUAGAAUUCAGCCUGAGAAGUGCAUUUUUAACACUAAAAUUAACAUGGAAAAAGGAAGAGGGUGGACUUGGUAUUAAGAAGGAAUUGGAAUGGAGAGUUACAUUUUGGGAAGGCAUAAGGAGAUGGUAUGUACUUCAAAGGAAGGCUCGGAAGAAAAGGAUAGAGAAAGCAAGCUAGGGAAGAAAUGAAGUACUUCCCGAGGGAAAUGCUAAGAUUUCUCCUGACAGGAUCUCUCAUUUGGAGAAACAACUCCUCCUUUGAUACAAAUAGGCUUAUUAAUGACUGCGUUUUGUGCAGCAAAAUGUAACGUAGACCCUAUGUAACAAUCCAACUCCCCAUACAAUCUCUGCAGCCUUGCCAUGACUUCACUGCACAUUUUUAAGCUUCAAGCCAGAACAAUUUAAGGUCAUGCUGUAUAAAGAUGGAGGUCUGUUUUCCGCCUCAAAGUUAUGGAAAUUGUGCUGUGUGACACACAAUGCCGCUAUUAUAAAAGACAGUACACAUAGCAACAGUUUGCUGCACUUUAAGAGAUGGGGGUAGGGAAGAGGUCCGGAUGUACUGACAUUUGCUGUGGAUUUUUUUUAAUUGCAAGCUGUUUUUAACAAUUAGAAUGGAGAAUAAGAUUUCCCAUGGCAAAUCAAUCAAAAAGCAGAAAAGGCAUAGAGACUUAAACCACCUAUGGGCCUAAAGGAAGCAUUCCAAGGCCUCAGUGCAAGAAAGGAAGUCCACAACUUCUCAGGUUAAAUUGAUAGGGAUGGGAAAUCCCCCCCCCCCCCGGCUCAUCUUGCAUUGAAACCUCUGGAAACUAAAAACUCUUGAUUUUUCA